AAGAGGUGACUGACUCACAGUCACACCUCACAUUACACGCCAUUCAACAGCCACAUGAAAUGCAGCGUCUCAAAUUCAAAUCCAUGCUCUCCCCAACACUACAAUGGUCCUUCAGCGCCUCUCUCCCUCCCCUUAACUUCAAGCCCUGUUCCUCUUUGCAAUACUCACCAUGGCCAGGUCUUCAAGCCUGGAGAGAGAGCCCUCUCAACGAGAACCGUAUUUGGGGACCCAAUGGCCCACAAUCUCUUGUACUACAGUCACCAUCUUCAGCGGUCGACAACUGUGACAGUUCCAUAGGCUCUGCUUCCUCCCUAGCGGAGCUUGGUGCUCUAGUCCUCUCCACCAGUGACCCUCUCACCAAGUCCAAGCUUUCCCAUUUGGCAUACUCAAGGUGGCGCCGCGAGAAUCUCCCGCUUGGGUUGGUGUCGGACCCGCCUUCUCGACCUGCUCGGCCACUCAAACCCGAAUUGGUUUCCCCGAAGGAAAUUCCGACCCCAAAAAAUUCAGGUUUGCCUCUUAAUGCUUACAUGCUCCAUAAUCUUGCUCAUGUGGAGCUGAAUGCAAUUGAUUUGGCAUGGGAUACUGUUGUUCGGUUUUCACCCUUUAGUGAGAUUCUUGGGGAGGGAUUCUUUGCUGACUUUGCACAUGUUGCUGAUGAUGAGAGUCGCCAUUUUGGUUGGUGUUUGCAAAGACUCUCUGAGCUUGGUUUCAAAUAUGGAGAUAUGCCUGCUCAUAAUCUGCUCUGGAGGGAGUGUGAGAAAUCAUCUGACAAUGUUGCUGCGCGUUUAGCAGUGAUCCCACUUGUCCAGGAGGCUAGAGGACUUGAUGCUGGACCACGACUGGUGCAAAGAUUGGUUGGCUUUGGAGAUCUCAGGACAUCUAACAUUGUGGCUAGAAUUGCUGAUGAAGAAGUUGCACAUGUAGCUGUUGGUGUAUUCUGGUUUGUUUCAGUCUGCCAAAAAAUGGGUCGUGCCCCUUGUUCCACUUUUAAAGAUUUAUUAAAUGAGUACAAUGUGGAGUUGAAAGGGCCCUUCAAUUAUUCAGCUCGGGAUAAAGCUGGCCUUCCUCGUGACUGGUAUGAUACAUCAUCAUUAAAAAUGCAGGAUAAGAGCGAUAAACAGGACAAAAAUGAGAAGCUUUCUUUGGUAUGUGAUCUUGGCCUUCAAACCUCAUGUAAAACUAAUUUUAGAAACUUUUUUUACUCCUUAUUUUUGGCAAAAGGAAAUGUAGCAUAUCAAACAAUUGGUACAGGUUUAUGAUAGGCUUGCUUCCAUCAUUUCUAUGGAGAGUGAGAACUCAAGUUUGAAUAGGCCUCCUAGAUGAUUGUUGUUUAACACAUUGAGCUCCAACACAAAUAUUGGUGAUGCUGGGAAGUUCAUACUAGGUUUCUCCUUAUGACUCUAGCAGCCACACUGGUAACAACUCGGUCUUUGUCAUGCUGCACUGGUUCUUUGGGCAUCUCUUGGUUAUGGCAUUUUUGAAGGCUAUAUAUUGCAAGAGGUGACUUGGUGGCUUUCCUUACUUUGCUUCAUCAUAGUAUUACUGCAAGAGGUGACUCGUUGGUGGCUUUGGUUACUUUUGCUUCAUCAUUAUAUUACUGUAAAUUAUGUUCUUGCAAUUAUAAUGUAUAUAAAUGUAAGUACCCCAAAUACGUAUAUACCCAGGAGUAUUGGAACCAUUUGAUAAACAAGAUGGAGAGGUCUUUUGGGGUAGUGGAAUCUGAAGAGAAUUGAGAGCCAUUACUUUAAAAUUGGCAUAUGGUAUCAUGUGCUACGUACCUUUCUAUAGUGCAAAUAAUACAGGACCAUCCUCAGAGCAACA